CUACAACAAGGUUUUAAGGUAGGGUUGAUGUUCCCUGGGAAAAGAUACAGUCCUUAACAUGAACAGUACUAGCAUAGGUAUAUCUAGAAGGAGUUUUCAGCAGCUGUCACCCCACACUUUUCUUUUUUUGGUUUUUGUUUCCUGAACCUCCUGCUGCCUCUAUCAGUAGGUUUAAAGGAAAUCUGGAUAUUUGAGUCAUGGCCAUGAGUCCUGGUUCCCCAAGUCGUGGCAGCCUGAGUCCUGAGGGGAUUCUGAGAGAGAUCCAGAUCAACUUACUGGAGUGUAAGGUCUGCUUCGAGAAGUUCAGCACUCAGCAGAGGGAGCACCGACCACAGAACCUUUCCUGUGGCCAUGUACUCUGUCUGGAAUGCAUCACAGCUCUGUCCCACCCUCUCCUAAGGAAGCUGGAGUGCCCGUUCUGUCGACAGCUGUGCAGUGUUGACGGCACCUCCCACUGCCAGGUUCUGAGUGACCUGCAGGAGUUGUUGUUGUCUUGGAGUCCCACAUCCUCUGCUACUCCUCACAGGGCAAAGGGAGGCCUAGGCUUGGCUACAGGUCUGACAUCCACAGCUCUGCACCUCUCCACAGCUUUUGGUGGGUGGGGGACUCUUAUCAACCCCUCUGGGAUAGCUGUGUUGGGGUCUGCAGGGACAAUAGUGGUGGUGCAUGAUGGAGAGAACAGGGUGGCGGUGUUCAGUCCACAGGGCAAGAAGCUGCACAGUUUUGGCCGAAGAGGACGAGCCAUUGGUGAGAUCUGUCAUCCAGUAGAUGUGGCGGUGAGUCCCUGUGGGUACAUGGUGGUGACCGAUGCAGGGGAUAAAGCUGUGAAGGUUUUCACCUCCAGGGGGAACCAUGUGUUGACGGUCAAAGAUUCCUUCCAGAUGCCCUGGGGUGUGGACACAGACAGCCAUGGUGACAUCCUGGUAUCGGACGUUCAGGCUGGCACACUUUCUCAGAUAAAAGUGGACUAUACUCGUGGUCUCAUCCUGGAGCAUCAAACAGCCAUUUCAGACCUAGAGCAUCCAAAAGUAGUGGCCUCCUGUUGGGUAACUGGGAACACUGCAGUGAUGGAGCAUUUACCUGAUGACACACAUCCAUCAGGGAGGCACCAACACACACGGCUGAAAGUGUUUUCAAAAGACUUCAACCUCCUUUAUCAGACAGACAAUUUUAGUCUGACCCUGCAGUCCAUGGUGAGGUUGAACAUGUCAGGCGUGGCCUUCGACAGAGAUGGAGAUGUGAUUGUGAUUGAUUCCAAUCACGGGAUGAUUUGGAGUUUGGGGAAGCUCCAGAAUGGCCCAGUCCUGACUCCUCUGGUGGGAGACCACCUUAUCCGCCCAGUUGGACUGGUGUCACUGAAGAACACGCUGGUCAUUCUGGACAGUGGAGAUAAUACAGUGAAGAUUUAUUCUGCUAAAUCUGAUGCUAGACCCGUCUUAUAGCUCAUGUAUAAACAGGUCUAGAGUGGACUAUGUGAAAUGUAGUUUUUUAUAUUAUUAAGUGAUGAGGUGAUCUGGUAAUACUAUUUAUAAAUAUGAAUUAGUUUUACAUUAAAAACAUUUUUCCAUUAAAAAUUAUAACUGUAAAUAAAAUAAAAUGUGUGUUAGAGGCUACUGUAAGCUUUGUUGUACACAUACAUACAUAAAAUCUAUGUAUAUGCAAUUAUUAUGCAGUUAUAUCAAACUAAUGUAUUUGUCAUUGUUGUUAUUGUUCUGGUUUUGGGAAUAAAAUUGUAGUAUUUACAAAAUCUAACUACUUCCCAACCAGAGAGUUAGGACCUCCCAAAGAGGAGAUCUUGAAUAAUUUGAGGGGCCACAAGACAAUUAAAGGGGUAAGAAAAGAGAAACUACAUUUUUUGGGAUAAUUUGUUUGUUUAUGUUAGCUGUUUUCUUGUGAAAUACUGGAUGCAUUUGCCUUUUGAGGCCAUAGAAAUCCUUGAAAUAAAACAAUCGAAGAGGAGGAAGAGAAAUCACUAUUCACGUUCACAGGGCCAUAAAUCAGCGAUGAGAGAUUGAACAAAUACAAAUUGCUUCAUUUUCAUGAGGUGAAAAGUUUGGGAACUACUGCUAAACAGUGCUGUAGCUACACAGUGGAUACUCAGGUAUCUUCAGUAUUUUACUUUCACAUGGAAUUUAAGUCCCCUAAAGCGCAAUCUACAUUUCAUCUUACAUUUCUUUUCAGUGGGGAUAUGUGUGAUGAACAGACAAACAUACAAGUAAGAUACUUUGUGACAUUAAAGAAAUAUCUAAAUCA